AUGCUAAUUCAAAUGAUUUCUUUUUUGGCGGUUGUUGUUCUUUUCUUGCCUUUGAACUGCGAUGCCGUUUUACUCCUGGAAUCAGUGGGACGUUCCUUGAACUUUACGCGUCAGGCGUCAAGAGAGACGCAAAGUGUUGUUUUUCGCACUGAUGUCAGCAGACUUUUGGACUGGCACGUGGUACGCGGCGCUCAGGGACUGCAACUGCGUGUGGCUCUUUUGCUACGGUUUGAGAGUCCAACACCCUCAGAGAAUACCGAGCCCUUUCUUGCUGUCAUGGAUGAAAUUUUUAUACACUGUCUUUAUGCACCAAUAUCAUUGAGUAAUGCGGAUGAUGCUGUAUCCGUCAUAUUUUCUACUUCCCAUGCUACAGUUUAUAUCCUGUAUCCAUGUGGAUACGAUGAUGCUUCUGCUUCGCUUCACAUGCUGGCGGCACACUGGCGCGACGGGAAUUUAAGUGUGACGUCGGACGAGCCCGUUCUUUCCCUUGGCGUGGCUAAGCGUUGGCUUCUUUCUCACGAUAGCGGUGGGGCAGAUGCCCAGUUACUCUAUAUACAAGGUCUGGAUGGAGUAACAAGUGCAAUUUUACUUGAAAAAGGGGACCCGUUUGGUGUGUACCCCUCCAGUAUCUCACGACUGAAAUUCCCACAGAAAUCUACUAUGAGGGAUACAGAGCUGGUCUCAUCGUGUUUUCUGCACAAUGUCGGUGUGAGUGGUCUUGUGCGACAUUCACGAUUAGAGGAGACAUUUUAUUUUGAGCUCUACCGUAUUUUUUCCUCGAAGCAAUCGGCGGAGUUGCUCCUUGAAACUUCCACAACCAUCUUUACGGAUCUUGACUCUGAGGAAAGGCGUCACUGCAGCCUAUCCUCGCGGGUGGCUUUCACUGGCUGCAGCCUCACUUUUUCGAGCACGCCGGCACUGCAGGUUGAGAUCACCUUGACGGCGAUGCUGGAGUCUCCCACUGCCAGCGGUUUACGGGAGAUUGGAGGUUGGGUGAGGUGCGGCACGACGGUACUGAAGGGCAGAGCGGAAAUUAAAGAUGGGGGUUUGCAUGUGCUUGUGCUGCCUCUUAGACGCGUCCAAUUCAAACCGGCGGCAGAGAUGGAGGGUGUGAGGGAGGAGGGGGAGCACACGAGAGGUCGCCUCGGUCAUUGCACAUUUCAUCACAGCAACGACACGCUGGAUUGCGACGGCGGCGAAGAGCCUGUUUGCUCCUGCAAGUGUGGAGUUUCGCGUCACUGCCUUGCAUUACAACUGUGGUGGCGACCAUCCACCGGUGUUGAUCUUUUUUUUUGUGACUGGUUGGGUAUGGGUUUAUUUGAGGGUUUUACUUUUGUUUUUGUUCUUUUCACAGUAACGUUUGUCAUUCAUUUUGCUGCGAGACUGUUGCUUCUGCACCGCCAUUUAUUUUUUUUUUUCUUGGUUUGA